AUAUGGCGACCCGUGUGACACACCAAAAGGAAAACUCCAAGGAAAACUAUGAAACCUAGUCACUAAUUUCCACGUCAAGGGCUUUCGCGAUCGGGUGACUGACAGACUAUCGGGUCUACUAGUUUCGGCCAUGAUGAGAAAACUACACCGGAGCGCGGCCUUAAGUCACGUGGAAAGAAUUGUCAAGAAGCAGCAACUCGAGUUUUCUCGUUGUCUGAGCACCGAGUCUGUAGCCCUAGAUGAAGUGUUCAGCUCACAAAACCGACUCAGAGUUACUAAUUUGCUACAGGAUAGACUAGUUACGAUUAGAGAGCAGAAGAAGAAGAAGAAGAAGAAGAAAUUGGACGAUGUGAGUCUACGAACAAGAGUGAGUGCUGUUUUGGUGCCAUUUUGUAGUGUGGAAGACCAGCCUGCUUUGUUGUUCACUCGCAGAUCGUCCAAACUAAUCUCUCACAGAGGUGAAAUCAGUUUCCCCGGAGGCAUUGCAGACGAUGCCGAUGACGGAGAUCUCGUUCAAACUGCAGUGCGAGAGACUUGCGAGGAACUCGGAGUGAGGGAUAAGCACAUAGACGUCUGGGGAGAGUUCUGUCUUCCCCCUAAUGCGCCGCUAGGCAGGGGUAAAUAUCUGGCCACCCCCGUGAUUGCACAUAUGGGCGAUAGCGAGAGUCUUCUGAAGGAUAUGAGACCAAACGCUGACGAGGUCGAGAAAGUUCACUUUGUAGCCUUGAAGGAUUUGUGCGACCUCAAUCAACAGAAUUACACUGUGCACAAGGCAUGGAGACAGAACCCCCUCUUUGACAAAUACUACAGUCCUCUCUUCACGCCUCGAACUCUCCCCUUAGACAACCAGAAUAGCCAAUCAGAGAACAGCAUCCACAUUUUCGGAUUGACAGCACUCAUAGUAUGCGUAACGUUGCCUCUUCUGUAUCCUCGCUUCAAGCAUAAAGUGCAAUUGAUAGAGGACAAAAAGGCGUUCUCUUUUAUUUGACGGAGGAAUUUAAAACUGAACUAA